UGUAACCGCGAAAUUAUUCUUCGAACUGUCGGCGAGUUGCGAGCACUCGGUCGUCCACUCAUAAACCCUAACGCGCCCUCUCUGCUUCUCUGAGCAGUGUCGAAGCAACGGAAGAAAGAAGACGGGAGAAUUGGAAUCACAUAUCUGUCGACUUGUUCGAUCCUUAUAUAUCUCAUUUCUCAUUCUUCUCCAACCUAUAUCCGCCACCAGAAAAUCAUUUUCGAUCUUUCCCCUUCCCAGAAACCAUCUCCACAUUUGCUUAUGUGAUCGUCGUGGUUCUUGUUGCAAGAGCUUAUUGGUAUCAAAGUAUGUAUUCUCUCCGGAAAAACUUCUGGGUCACCGGAAAACGACUCUUUAACUGGUGUCCUAGAGUUUCCAACUCUGGUCCUCUGAAUCACCGCAUCUCUUCGUGCGAGAAUGGAGCUGCUGCAGAGUUUUGUAGACGAAUCUCAGUCCGUUCGAACAACAGCGCUUUUCCUCUAAACGACUGUUCACGAAGGAUCAUGAUUGAGGAUACUGGCAUUAAUUAUGUCAAGCAGCUGCUGACGGCUCAAGCUGGUAGAGGAUUUUUAUCUACUUGUGGGGUCCAGUACCUGGAACUAUUUAGAUCAGGUGGUCUAAGGUUUGCUGAGCAAUGCAGAUUAUUCUCAGCGGCAGCACAGCCUGUGGCAUCUGUGGAUGAUGAGCCUCGAGCUAUCCCAGACUUAGCCCCACAAAUCAAAUUUAAGAGGCUUGAUAAAACUGCAAAACACAUAAUGCAGAUUUUGGACAGGGAAGCAGUUGAAGAAGUUAAAGGACAGAGAGAUAUACCCGACAUCAAGCCUGGGUACAUAGUGCAACUUAAAGUGGAAGUGCCUGAGAACAAACGGCGUGUUUCAGUACUCAAAGGCAUAGUUAUUGCAAGGAGAAACGCUGGACUUAAUACAACUUUCAGGCUUCGUAGAUUGGUAGCUGGUGUUGGUGUGGAAUCUGUUUAUCCCCUGUACUCUCCAAAUAUAAAGGAAAUCAAAGUUUUGGACAAGAAGAAAGUAAGAAGAGCUAAGCUGUAUUAUUUGAGGGACAAAAUGAAUCCGCUCAAGAAAUAGAGAUGUCUGUAGCUGAAAAUAACCAAAAAAGCCUAUGGGGCUUGAAUUUUCAAAUCUCUAUAAAUACGAGGGGUCUUGUCUCAGCUCAGUUCUGCCAAUAGGUCCCAUGGAACUGCCCAACAAAGGGCUCAUUUCAUCUCAGGCACAUGACGAAGAAACAGGAAAGGUCCAAAAAUCUUGUGUUUAAUCAAGCAUUCUUGAUGGUUAUGUAGAAAAGGGAUGUGCUAAUAAUUUUUGUGGCUGCAUCAUGCAGAUAAUGAAUUUUUGUUUUUCGUUCUUGUUGUUGAACCGGAAAUUAGUCUUCAUGUGAUGAAGGAGAGAAGACUUUUCUCAGGCAACAGAUUAUUUCCAAUGUUUUACGGCACUGGUGGCUCUGGGUGGUCAUUGAUGUUAUUGGUGAGAAAUUAGGCAUCAAACAAGUUUUCUAUCUUUUAUGCAUCGUGAAACAAAAAUUGUUUUGUGC